GAAAAUGCACAAUAAAGUCUUCUUCCUGCUCUGCUCUCAUCCUCUCCUCCAGGCAGUAGGUUUUCUCCUGUGGAUCGUCUGCUGGGCAGAUGUGUUUUACUCUUUCUGGGAAAGAAGCCAGCAUGACAGCGAUGCCUCCUCCUCCACCCAGGCACCUGUUUAUCUGGUCAGCCCCACCAUGCUCGGCAUCACUAUGCUGCUAGCCACCCUCCUGACUCAGUAUGAGAGGUUAAAAGGAGUCCAGUCUUCAGGGGUGAUGCUCAACUUCUGGCUGGUGGCCGUCCUCUGUGCUUCCGUCACAUUCAGAUCCAAGAUCAUACAAGCCCUCAACGAGCCGUCGACGGUGUGUGUGUUCAGAUACACAACCUUCUACAUCUACUACACACUGCUGCACAUCUCUCUGCUCCUGUCAGCCCUCUCAGACCAGCCUCCUCUCUUCUCAGAGGCAUCUAAAGACGCUAACAGCCCCAUAGAGGGCUUCUCCACCGUCAGCCCCAUAGAGGGCUUCACCGUCUAG